UUCAACCGAAUUAAAUUUCUUUGGUCAGAUAAGAAAGGAAUACCAUUAUACACUUUAAGAUGGUGAGGUGGGAUACGUUGGGUAAGUGGGGAGUCGGUGGUAGAAAAAGGAGAGCUUUCCUUGAUUGAAGUCAGUCACAAAAUGUGUAAACUAACAGUGUUGUUUUGUGGAAUUUUGUUAACAUUAGCAGUUGUUGCCAGUGGCAAAGAGGAAGAGAAAAAAGGAGUCGAGAGUUUCGGAUCUUAUGAACAUUCUUCCGGCGGGAGUGUCGGCUUUUCCGCGUCACACGAUGGCGAACACAAACAUCAUCACGACAGUACGAUCACAAUGACGAAAAAGAUACCUGUCCCGGAUGUCGUCGAAAAGAAAGUUCCCUACGAAGUCAAAGUUCCCGUUGAUAAACCUUUCAAUGUUUACGUGCCAAAGCCUUACCCUCUCCAGGUCGAGAAAAAAGUCCCUUAUGAAGUUAAGGUCCCAGUGCCACAACCUUACACGGUAGAGAAAAAAGUGCCUUACACUGUUAAGGUCCCAAUUGAAAAACCUUACAAAGUAGUUGGAGAGAAAAGAGUCUCUUACCCCGUUGAGAGAAGACUUCCAUAUCCCCUAAAAGUACCAGAGAAGCCGUACCCAGUCCAUGUCGCAGUAGAAAAAAAAGUACCUUACCCGGUUGAAAAGAAAGUGCCGUACCCAGUUAAAGUUGAAGUAGAAAAACAUGUUCCUGUUCCAGUCGAACCCCACUACACAGGACGGGUUGAAAAGCCUGUUCCUUACAAAGUACAAAAAAUUGUUCCUGUCCCAGUCAAAGUUCCAGUCAAAAUCCCUGUCAAGGUUCCAUACCCUGUGGAAGUUCACAAGAAGGAGCACAAGCCAUCCCAUGAUCAUGAAAACUUCGGCGGAUUCAGCAGUGGAGGAGAAUCCUCGGUAUCAGCUCAUGGACACCAUGGUACUGAAAAUGGUGCCGAUCAAUCUCAUAAAAAACAAGAAUCAGAAGGAGGCUUUGGCGAAUUCCACGAUUUCGGAGGGUUCGAAGACUUCAAAGGAUUUGAAAAAUAUCAAGAAUCCGAAGGUUCCAAGGAAUCUGAUGAUAAACACAAAGAAUCGUCUGGUUCAGAAGGAAAGCAUAGUUUUCACGGUUUCGAAGGCUUCCAAGGUGGUUUCGAAGAACCAACCGGUUCAGGAGAAAAACAUAGUUUCCAUGAAUUUGAAGGUUACCAUGGCGGCUCUGAAGAAUCUUCCGGUUCAGAAGGAAAGGAUAGCUUCCAUGGCUUUGAAGAAUCCCGCGGUGAAUCCAAAGAAUCUUCUGCCUCAAAAGGAAAGCAUAGUUUCGAAGGUUUCUAUGAUGAAACAAAAGAAUCAUCCGGUUCUGAAGGAAAACACAGUUACGGUUUUGAGGGUUACCACGACGGCUUUGAAGAAUCUUCCAGUUCAGGAGGAAAACUUAGCUUCCACAGUUUUGAAGAUUUUCACAGUGGUUCCAAAGAACCAUCCGAUUUAGAAGGAAAACAUCAUUUCGAAGAUUACCACGAUCGCUCCAAAGAAUCGUCUGGUUCAGAAGGAAAACAUAGUUUCGAAGGUUACCACGGUGGCGCCAAAGAAUCGUCUGGUUCAGAAGGAAAACAUAGUUUCGAAGGUAAACACAGUGGCUCCAAAGAAUCAUCCGGUUCAGAAGGAAAACUUGGUUUCGAUGGGUUCCACGAAGACUCCAAAGAAUCUUCUGGUACCGAAGAAAAGCUUGAUUUCCAUGGUCUUGAUGGGUUCCACGAAGACUCCAAAGAAUCUUCUGGUACCGAAGAAAAGCUUGAUUUCCAUGGUCUUGAUGGGUUCCACGAAGACUCCAAAGAAUCUUCUGGUUCAGGAGGGAAACACAGUUUCCAUGGUUUUGAAGGUUUCCACGGUGGUUCUGAAGAGUCCUCUGAUUCAGGAGGAGAGCUCAGUAAUCCUGGAUUUGAAGAGCAAUCUGACGACUAUGCACUUGACUUCGAAUCGGAUGGAGUAUCUUCUGGCUUCGACCAAAGUGGUUUUGAAUCCCAAGGGCACACUCAAGUUUCAAUAAGGCCAAAGGUAAAACACACUGCAACCGUCGCCAAGGAUAAAGAAAAGAAACCUUUCACCGGAAUCAGCUACAUCGAGACCAAGACAGUUAUGAAUGGAAAAGAAGUUGGUUAUACAACGAAAGUCCAACAUGGAUAGUAGUACAUGUGACACUAUCAAAAUUUUGUUAUUUUAUUAAA